GAAAAAAAAGUCUGGCAACUCCUUUAUUAAUAGAGAAGAUGUAGAGGAGAGAAGAAGCAUCAAAGUUUCAUUUUCUUUCACUUAAAACCUCAAAAAAAAACUCCAGAGAGCUCUUCACGAGAGAACUCUUUCUCUUUCCCAUAAUAUCUUUCAUUGUCAUCAUCACCACCGUCAUGUUUAACACUUCAACAACACCACCUACAACCCCCGGCACUUGCACGGCCGUGUCCGAGAACCAACAAUCUCAAACCGGAAUUUUAUCCUCGACCAAAACCUUGGAACAUCCCACAAAGCUAAACUUCCGGCAUUGCGAGAACAUAAAAUCUCCUGUCAUGUCCGAAGCCGUAACGGAGGCGAAGUCUCUCUUCACGCUCGCUUUCCCGAUCGCUGUGACGGCUCUAGUCCUCUACCUCCGCUCCGCCGUCUCCAUGUUUUUCCUAGGUCGUCUCGGCGACCUCGAAUUAGCCGCCGGUUCACUCGCCAUUGCGUUUGCUAACAUAACCGGUUACUCUGUUUUAUCCGGUUUAGCACUCGGUAUGGAACCGCUCUGUUCUCAAGCCUUUGGUGCUCACCGCUACAAACUCCUCUCCCUCACCCUCCAUCGAACCGUGGUUUUUCUCUUGGUUUGCUGCGUACCGAUCUCGGUUCUCUGGCUCAACGUCGGUAAAAUCUCGGUUUACCUACACCAAGACCCCGACAUCGCAGAGUUAGCUCAGACGUAUCUCAUCUUCUCCCUCCCUGAUCUCAUCACCAACACUCUCCUCCACCCUAUCAGAAUCUACCUUCGUGCUCAAGGCAUCAUCCACCCCGUCACUCUAGCUUCCCUCUCCGGCGCUGUUUUUCACUUACCGGCUAAUAUUUUCCUCGUCUCUUACCUCAGACUAGGUUUAAAAGGCGUCGCGGUCGCCUCCUCCCUAACCAACGUUUUUGUCGUGGCGUUCUUGAUAUGCUACGUGUGGGCGAGUGGUCUCCACGUGCCAACUUGGACCGACCCGACCCGGGACUGCUUCAGAGGAUGGGCUCCUCUGCUCCGACUCGCGGGACCUAGCUGCGUCUCCGUGUGUUUGGAGUGGUGGUGGUACGAGAUCAUGAUCGUUCUCUGCGGGCUGCUCGUGAACCCAAGAUCGACGGUGGCGGCCAUGGGCGUUUUGAUACAGACGACGUCGUUUCUCUACGUGUUUCCUUCGUCUCUGAGCUUCGCCGUUUCGACCCGCGUCGGGAACGAGCUUGGAGCGAACCGUCCCAAGACGGCGAAGCUUUCGGCGACGGUUUCAGUCGUUUUCGCGGCGGCUACGGGGAUCACCGCGGCGGCGUUUGCUUACUCGGUCAGAAAUGUUUGGGGGAUGGUUUUCACCAAAGACGACGAGAUUCUCCGGCUGACGGCGGCGGCGCUUCCGAUACUGGGUUUGUGCGAGAUCGGAAACUGUCCUCAGACGGUGGGUUGCGGCGUCGUGAGGGGGACGGCAAGGCCGUCUACAGCGGCGAAUGUGAACCUUGGCGCGUUUUAUCUGGUGGGCAUGCCGGUGGCUGUGGGUCUUGGGUUUUGGGCCGGAGUUGGGUUUAGUGGGCUUUGGUUAGGACUCUUUGCCGCGCAGAUUAGCUGCGCCGGUCUUAUGAUGUACGUGGUGGGGACCACUGAUUGGGAAGCGGAGGCUAAGAAGGCGCAGUCGCUAACAUGUGCCGACUCUAUAGAGAACGAUCUUAUUAAGACGGUGGUUAGUACUAUGUGUGACGACGACGGUGAGAGCGAUGAGAGACAGCCGUUGAUUCGUAUCACGGUACUUCAUUAAUAAAAAUAUUUAUGAUAUUAAUUAAUUUAAUUAUAACUAUAAUUAUUUUCUCCUCUCUUUUAAUAGAAAGAGAAAGUUUUGUCUUUCUUGAAUAGAUUAACAUUUCUUCCUUUU